AUGAAGAAUUCAAAGAUAACGUAAUUCAGUGAUUAAAAAUAUUGUAUUAAUUUAGUUAAUGAGGUAUGAAUAAUGCUUGGACUAUGGAAUAAGUUUUUAAGUUAGAACAGCUGUAAGGAGCGUAAUGAGAGGAUAUUUUAUUAAUGCGUAUAGUUCUGAGAUAAAUUUAGUAAAUGACUUAUAGUUGGUGUGACUAUUAGCUUAUAAUGAUAUUAUUGGAAUCGGCGAUGGAGGCAUAUGAAGAUUUGAGAAUGAGAGAGUGUGUUUUGAGAUGAGAGGACGUGAAUACAGUAUUCGAAUUUUGUGGUUUUGCGUGAGAUGAUUUACGAUGUUGAAGAAGUGCUUUGAAUAUUGGACAUAUUUUGUAGCUGGAUAUAUGAUUGCCCAUGCAAUGGACACACUUGGAAAACUUUUGUCUUUAGCGCAAAUGUCAGAAGAGUGGUCACUCCCACAUUUAACACAGCGUGAUGGAUGAUGAAAAUAGUUUGUGGUGUGUUCAUAGCUCUGGCAGUUACGACACUGAGGUGGACCACUCUUGGUCCUAUAGGAAAUGAGCACGAAUAAGGAAAUUAUUGGAUUAAUAUAUGCAUGUGAAUAUUUAUAUUUCGUCGUUGGUAAUUAUUUAAUCGAACCUCAUGAGUUAUUAGUACACCAUAAUCAUGGAGAAAACGACGUGAAUCACUAUUCAAAUGUAUGGUAUUUCCAUUCCACUGAUGAUCUGAAUGAAAUACACGAAACCAUAAUACAGCAGGGAUUUUCGUUUGCACAACCAGUAGAUGGUAUACCAAAUGUUUACAAAGUGAAAAGAGAAGAUCAUCCUGAAAUCCAUCACGAGCCAUUCCAUAACACAACUAAUAUUUUAAAACAGAAUAAUAAGGUGAAUUGGGCUAAACAGGGAUUUUCGAAAAACUUGUAUAAAAGAGUGCCGACGGACGUCCGCAGCAGAUAUGAGAGUUAUUUUAACGACGAACUUUGGAAAAUGCAGUGGUACGAGUACAUGCCUGAGAAAUUGCUUUGGGUCUUUUAUCAUGAUAUACGUCAUAACAAUAAUAUUAAAUAUACAACGCAUAUCCACCCAUCACUCCAAGAUUACCGAAAAAAUUAUACCAACGGAAUGCCUCUAAAUAUGAACUUAGUACCAGUAUACGAAGAGUUAAAAUACACAGGUAAAGGCAUUCGGGUAGCGAUUAUUGAUGAUGGAAUAGAACAUACUCACGAUGAUCUCAAGGACAAUUAUGAUGAAGAAAUCAGUAUCAAUCUAAACUGGAAUAAAAAGGAUCCUAUGCCUAGGUACGAAGAUCCUACAAAUACUCAUGGUACUAGAUGUGCUGGAGAAAUUGCAAUGGCUGCAAAUAAUACAAAGUGUGGCGUAGGUGUUGCUUACAAUGCAAAAGUAGGAGGUAUCGUAUUGCUCGAUGGUAAAACAAAUGACGAAAUGGAAGCUAGAGCCUUAAUUAACGCUAAUUCAUUGGUGGAUAUAUACAGUGGAUCAUGGGGGCCUACUGACGAUGGACUAAUGGUCGACGGGCCUGGAGUAAUGGCGCAAAUUGCAUUUGAAAUCGGCGCAACCAAGGGUCGAAACGGCAAAGGUUCAAUAUACGUAUUCGCCUCGGGCAAUGGUCGUAUGCUUUUCGACAAUUGCGCAUCGGAUGGCUAUGUGGGAAACAUUUACACCGUGGCCAUUAGCAGUGUCACUAUGGAUGGCAGAGCUCCCGAGUACGCCGAGAGAUGUGCCGCCGUCAUAGCAACUGCUUAUUCCGGCGGUCUGGAUGACGGUGUUAAAAUCGUUACGUCGGAUAUCAAUAAUACAUGCACGCUUUCACAUACCGGCACAUCAGCCGCAGCUCCGCUAGCAGCAGGAGUUAUAGCUUUAGCUCUCGAAGCCAAUGGCAAUUUGACGUGGAGAGACGUGCAACAUUUAUUGGUAAGGAACUGUGAAGUUGCACCUCUGUCGAAAAACUCUGGUUGGUCCACUAACGCAGCAGGAUUCGAUUUUAAUCCCCAGUUUGGUUUUGGAUUAUUAAACGCCUAUAAGUUAGUGAAAGAAGCUAUUGGCUGGAGCACGGUACCAAAGAAAAGUAUUUGUGCUACAAAUUUCCCUAUCAAGUGUAAAUAUUUUGGCCGAGCGUCAAAAUUUGUGUCCACUGUAACAACGAAUGGCUGUAAUGGAUACAUUAAAUAUUUAGAGCACGUACAACUAUGUGUGACCAUUCGGUAUCCAAAACGCGGUAUGGUGGAAAUAGAUCUAAAAUCCCCAAAAAACACAACGUGCAAAAUGAUGGAGCCACGACGCUUAGACGAGUCCAACAAGGGAUUUUUUGAAUGGAAAAUAAAAUCAUUGCAAUUUUGGGGCGAAAACCCAUCUGGAGAGUGGACGGUUAUUGUCAAAGACGAAACUUCUAAUUUAUUCACCGGGCUAACUGGAUCAGUAGAAAAGCUUAGAUUAAUAAUGCAUGGGACUAAAAAAAAUCCUUACAAUUAACGAAUUCGGAUAAUUUCAAAGAAUUUAAAAUAUUUUAUGCAUAUUAUAUUAUUAUAUUCAAUUUAGUAAAAAAAAAUGUUCAAGUUUAUAAUGUUUAAAGCAAAUUUAAUGAAUACAUUUGUGUUGUAAUAGUUGUCUGGACAUAAUAUAUCAUUGUAUUUUCAUUUGUGCUGUCAAGAACGAUAGGCAUUUCAAAUAAUAUACAACUCAUAAUAUCUAAUACAUAUUCAUGUCCGGAGUAUUUUUUGUAGUAUUAUAUGUAAAAUAAAUUGUUGUAGCGUAUUGGGUAAUAUUUUUAUAUUAUAUGUGUAUUGUGUAAUGUCAUAAACAGUGUACCUAUUUUUGAUUUGAAAUACACCAAAUUGAAGUUUUGUAACAAUUUUAAUAACUUUUACUCCCAAAGGCCGCUGCUGCGAGAGUAACUUUAUAUUUAAAAAAAAAAUAAUAUCGUUUAAUAAAACAUAAAUUCAAUAACAAACAUUUUGAAACUAUACGAUGGUUUCUACAUUAUUAAACAACGG